GUGGGUUUUUUUUUUGUUCCUCAGUCCAUUGUAUUUAUGAACCUCGUGUAAUGUGCUGUGUUAUUUUGCACUAAUAGUCUGGAAAUACAAUGUUUAAAAGAGACAUGAAUCGCUUAAUUCAAAUAAAACAUGCCAAUAGACAAUAAACACACCUAAUCACCAUCACCACCAACCUACAGUAGUUACUGUACAUGAACUGAACUCUCUGCAUAAAAAAGUCUCUGCAUUCAUCUCAAGUAUCCCUCUUCCGCCCCAUCUUUAUCUUGCAGCUACCCCUUAAAUGGGAUUUGAGUCUCCUUGUCCUGUGGCCAGGAGGCUACCCAUUAACCAAGCAGGUGAUACAAAGAAACUAAAAAGGCAUCUAGAAACCAGUCUUUCAGGAGCCUGGGGCACCAGAAUGCAGCACACUAUGACCAGAGCAACGAUGAACGGCCAUUCUGUGAACCCCCAGGUGCUCUCGCUGGGUCAAAAAGAUGCACAGAGAGUUCUGGAGGUGUAUGUGAGGCGUAGCUUGAGUCUGAAUGAGGGAACUCUGGACAAGCACAAGAACAGAGUUCGCCGGUGGGAAACGACAAUGGGGGGAAAUGGUAGAGUACGAAGAGCAUCUAGUGAUACUUCAGUGGAUUUGGGACCUCCGGAUAAGCAGGACCCAAAGAUGGCAUCUGAGCCAGCACAGUCUGAGAGUCCUGCAGCCCCGCAAGGGAGCUCAACAGAGCUGAUAAAGAAGCACAAGAAGGCCGCCAAGAAGGGGAAGAAAACCUCCUUCCUAAAGAGUGUUAUUAGUUUAUUCUCAAGGAAGGGAAAUGAAGAGAAAGAGGAAAAGGAGGCAAAUUCAGAGGAAAGGUUGGAUGCCAGCAUGCCACCGGAGAGCCCCUCUUUUCCAGUUACUUGUCUGCCCAUUUCCCGAUCCCGCAGCGGCCAGACCUCUGCUUCGCAACGCAGCAGGAGAAAGAGCACCCUGAAGAAGACAUUUUCCUUCCGGAGUCGUGUAGCUGAUGAAGGGAUUCCCAAAACCCCUAAGAAACCAUCUUUCCUCGCUCUCCGUACAACAGUGCACAAACCAGAAGCUGUUUCAUAUGCAGGACCCAGACAGUUGUACUAUGAAAAGCUGUCUGAAGAAAUGGUUCGGAUAGUGAAGGAGGUGAAGGACAUCCCUGAUGAACCAAUAACUAGCACUACCAAGAAAAGCAGUAAGGUAGCAGAUAAAGAUGAAGAACUCAUUAAAAAGAUUGUCAGUAUUCUUCAGUCGGAAGGAGAUCUUAUCGAUGAGAAGCUCAAGGAGAAUGUGACGAUGAGCAACUUCUUCCAGAGAAUGAACUACAGCUCCUUCCGGGAGCUUGCUGACCAGUAUGUGGAGACGGAGACUCCCAGCCGGCGGCCCCAGGGCAAUCCCCCGCUGGAGCUGGUGAAAUUUGCUUUCGCUUUGGACUUUACUGCAAAGGUAGCUGGGAUCUGCAACCACACAGUGAGCUGUGUCAUGGGCUUUGGCAACCAGUACCUACAGGACCGCUUCACCCAGUACCAAAACAGUGGGAAUGUGGACACUGUCAUAGCAGAAAAUCUUGCCAGUCCCGACUGAGAGAGAGAACAUUCAGUUGUGGACUGAAGUUCAGUUGCAUGGAAUAUAUUCUCAACACUCUGACAUGACUGUUUAAUCAACUACAUCUGCACUAGUUUUUUCAACCAAAAAAACCUCAUGAUCAUUCACAAUGGCUGGCAAGAAAAAAAAUAGACCUUCAUGUUAAUGAACAACGAUUUAAAAAAUUAUCAGUGAUCUGUGCUAUGUUUACAUAGAUACUAUGUAAAUUAACAUUACAUUGUUUUUAAAGAAAUCA